AUGCCAGAUUGUCAAAGUCAUGUGAAAUUUAUAGCCACCAACAUUAGUUCACCAAAUACUUUAUUUGUUUGUGCAACAGGAGCAUAUAGUCCUAAAAGUUACCAAAUAAAUAUCCAGUAUAAUAAACUCUCUAUACAGUCUGAAGUUAGUGGUAUUGGAAUGUGUCCUUAUGAUCCUUUUGACAAUGCUACAGCUGUCUUGGUUGAAAAUGAUAAUCCUGGCAAUGUAGCAGCAUUAUAUUCUGGCACUGUCACAGACUUUAUCAAAGCUGAUCCUCUAAUAUUCAGACCAGCUUUAUAUCAUAGAAAUGGUGCUCAAUCAGCUGCUUAUGUUAGAACAUUACGUAAUGAUCCUAAAUGGCUUAAUGAACCUCAGUUUGUGGGAUCAUUUGAUGUUGGACAACAAGUUUAUUUCUUUCUAAGAGAGGUAGCAUUAGAGUAUCAAAACUGUGGUAAAAAGAUCUAUUCUAGAAUAGCCAGAAUCUGUAAGAAUGAUCGUGGAGGUAAAGCAGUAUUAAAUAACGUUUGGACCUCAUUUCAAAAAGCCAGAUUAAAUUGUUCUAUACCAGGAGAAUAUCCGUAUUAUUUUGAUGAAAUACAGGAUGUUUAUACUGUGGAUGGAUUGACAUUUUAUGGUUUAUUCACAACUAAUAUAAAUGGUUUAACAGCUUCAGCCAUCUGUGCAUUCUCUGUAACAGAGAUCGAGAAAGCUUUCAAUGGACCAUUUAAAGAUCAGUAUCAUAAUAAAGGCAACUGGUUACCUGUUCCAGAAACUGAUGUUCCUUACCCAAGACCAGGCAAUUGUUCAAUCCAAGAUUCUAGGUCUCUACCAGAUCGUGUUAUCAACUUUGUUAAAGAUAGACCAUUGAUGGAUAAAGCAGUGAACCAACAGUUUGGUAGACCUAUAUUCUAUAAAGGCAACUGUUUAAUGUUAAGAUUAGCUGUUGAAGCUAAUGUAUCUGGUAAUGGUGAAAUGGUCUUCUAUACUGCUAGUAAUACGGGUUUAGUCUAUAAGAUAUUUGUUAAACCAUCCCAAUCAGUAUUAGAAGCACCUAAAUCUAUCUUAUCAACCACUUACAAUCCAUUUGAACAACCUACACCAGUAUGGAGUAUGAGUUUACAUAAUGAAUAUGUGUAUCUUGGUACAGAUACAUCAGUUGUACAACUCAAUGUAUUAACUUGUGAUAGAUACAGUAAAAUAGAUCUCUGUAUAUUUGAUCCAUAUUGUGGUUGGAACGAAAUAAAAAAUGAAUGUGUGGCAAUUAAAGAUAAAAAUACUCAAAGGUAUGCUGUCAUUUUUGUCAACUGA